AGUCAGUCAGCUGCCGGGCGAGAGAGAGGCCGGACCUGCAAACUAGGAGCUGGUGGGAACACGUGGAACUGUGAAGCUGCGUGUGAGUGUUCACAACAGGACCAGCGAAAGACUUUUACAGGCUUACAGUCAGAGACUUUCUUUCAGAGAUGUACCAACCAAUCUUCGUGGGACUCGCAGUGCUGCUGUGCUCUCCACUCUUGGCAAAUGGAGGGAAAGUCUUGGUGUUUCCUCUUGAUGGAAGCCACUGGAUUAACAUGAAAGUCCUUGUUGAGGAGCUUCACUCCAGAGGCCAUGAAAUCACAGUGGUUCGGCCACCAGACAGCUGGUACAUCAAGCCGGACUCUCCUCACUACGAGUCCAUCACAACAAAUUCCACUGCUGGUUUUGAUGAGGAAAGUUUUGGGUUAUUUGUAACCACAAUGAUAAGUCUGCGGCGGGAUGGUGCUUCACUUUGGUCUCGUUUAUCCCUGGAGUAUGAACUGGUUGAACAGUUUUAUCAGAUGCAUGUAGAAGUACUUCGGAUGUUGGAGGACAUGUUUGAGAAUGCCCAACUGAUGCAGAGCCUCCGCGAUGCAAAAUAUGAUCUGGUUCUGACGGACCCUGCAACAGGUGCAGGGGUGCUUAUGGCUCACCGUUUGGGUCUUCCACUUGUCUUUAAUGUGAGAUGGACUGUUCAGGGUGAAGGGCACCAUGCAAUUGCACCAACCCCACUCUCCUAUGUCCCUAUACCAAUGUCAGAGCUGACCGACAAGAUGACAUUUCCCCAGCGGGUCAAAAACAUACUUAUCUAUUUUUUCACACGUUGGCAAAUUUGGUAUGUCACAGAUCCGAACUACAUACCAUUUGUCCAUCGUCACUUCGGGGAUGAUGUACAUUACAUGGAGCUGUUUCAGGCGGCAGACAUCUGGCUGAUGAGGAAUGAUUUUACCUUGGAGUUCCCAAGACCCACAAUGCCAAACAUUGUCUACAUGGCAGGAUUUCAGUGCAAACCCUCCAAGCCCCUGUCUAAAGAACUAGAGGACUUUGUCCAGAGCUCUGGUGAACAUGGCAUCAUUGUCAUGACACUGGGAAGCCUGGUGGCAGAACUUCCUGAGGACAUUGCUGAGGACAUUGCAGCAGCUUUUGCCCAACUUCCUCAGAAGGUAUUAUGGAGGCACAAAGGCAAAAGACCGUCCACCCUCGGCAACAACACCUUACUCUUGGACUGGCUGCCUCAAAAUGACCUCCUGGGACACUCCAAGACCAGACUGUUUGUGGCCCAUGGAGGCACCAACGGAAUACAGGAGGCCAUCUACCACGGUGUGCCCCUGGUCGGCCUGCCCCUCAUGUUCGACCAGCAUGACAACUUCUUCAGGAUGAAAGUAAGAGGUGUCGCCAAAGUCCUAGACAUUGCAACUAUGAACAAAGACAACUUCCUGGAAGCGCUGAAGGAGGUACUCUAUGACCCGACCUACAGGGAGAAGAUGAAGGCGCUGUCCGACCUGCACAGAGACCAGCCCACGAAACCACUGGACCGGGCCAUGUUCUGGAUCGAGUUUGUCAUGAGGCACAAAGGAGCAGCUCAUCUCAGGACAGAGUCUUACAAGAUGUCCAAGAUCCAGUACCACUCAAUUGAUGUAUUGGUGUUUCUGCUGGCAGUUAUUUUGCUCAUGUUUACGUUUUUCAUUUCUGCUGUUAAGUUUUUGUGGCGGAGAGUGUUUUCCAGAAGGAAAGUCAAAAAGGAAUGAUGAAUUUGCCACAAGAUAUUAAGAUUUGUCACAUUUUCUCACCCCUGAAACAACAACAUUGUCUUACAACAGUAAAGUGUCAGGCAAAUAGGUCCUGCUUCUGUUCUACUCACCUGUAUGUUUGUUAGUUAGAGGACUACCUCAAAAAAUCUGUAAAUAUCUUCAGCAAAUCAGUGUGGUGAGAAGUUAGACUUUGAGUCCAGUCAAUCAGGGAGUAGUCCUGAAUCUGUAGUCCAGAUUCAGGAAUAUUCUCAGAGCUCUGUGAUUUGAAUUCCCAUUAUUUAAUAUGUUUUUAAUUAUCCAGUUUUGUAACAAACAUCUUAUAUUUUUAUCAUUUUCAUUCUGAAUGUUGGGAUUUUAGGUAGGUGCAUAUGUUUACUUGAAGCAACAAGGACCAGAACAUUCUGUUUACUUCAUCGUCAUUGUCUCCUUUAAAUAAAAUUGGUAACAUAUCAAAUGACUGUUCUGUUCUUUGAAACAGGUGUUAUCAUUAAAGUCUAGCAGCUUAUUGGUAUCCUCUUACACUACUGGCACAGCUGAAUUAGUUUGGGGUUGUUGUCAACAUAGUGCCAUUGUGUUGGAAGUUUCUGUUCAAUUCUAACAAUCAAUUACUGUUCAAUUAUAUGUUUUAUAAUUUAGAUAGAAGAUAGAAGAAAAUUAUAUCAAAAAGCAAUGAUGUAACUGUGAACUUCAACAAUCAUCGAAUGAAGUUGUUUUUGUGUUGUAAGCAUAUCCUUAUUAUGAUAUAAGAUGAUAUCUUGUUAGUUUUUACCUGUGAUUAAAUAAUCUGAUCAUGUCAGCCAAGUCGUUUUACUGGCGAUGCUCUAUUUGACACAUAUAGAUUAAAUAAAACCUCACAUGGUUUUGUGUUUCAGUUUGAAAGACGUGAAGACAAAUUUGUAAAUAAAUUAUAAUGUGGUUUGGUGAAAAGUUAGACCUUGAGUUAAGGUAUCAGUUUUUAGUCCAUAUCCAGUAAUGUUCUUGCAGAUUUCUUGAAAAAUGUUCUUAAAUUAAUAUAUCUUGUUCAUUACAGGAUACAGGUAUUACUUAAGUUUAGUUAUUAUAUGGUGUGUUAUCGUUUCACUACGCCUGUUUACUCAAAGGCAUAAGGACGAGAACAUUUUGUAUAAAUG